AUGAGUGUCCCAACUAGUUUCCAGGGGCUGGGGGUCAGUGUUUCCAGUGGAGAGAUGAAGACAAACAAAACUCAUAUCCAGCUGCCCCAACCUGGGGAUGAUAAUGCCAAUCAGCUGGUUCCACUGGGUGAUCAAGGAGAGAGAGGAUUGGUGGGGGACACUGGGUACAGCACCAGCUCCAUCCCACCCUUGGUCUGUCAGAAUGAUGCACAGGACAAGCUAUUGAUCUGGGGUUCUGAGCAGCAAUGCAUGGACCCUGAGCUGCAGGAGUUUGAACUGCUGGAGCGUCAGGAGAUACAUACCUUCCUGGGAAAGAGGGAUCAGGAUCAAGAGGCAGCAGAGGACGAGGAGGAGGAUGGAGGUAGUGUAAGAGAUGGAAAAGAUGAGGGUCCCAUGUCGAUAUCGUCCAGUUCAACUGCCAGCUCUGCUUCAGUUGGCGUGAGGAGAAAUGAUAAUGACAGCAACAAAGUGGAGUGUAGAGUACAGAGGGACAAAGAGAUGCAGAGAAGGAUGGCCUGUCAUAGCUCUGAAGACCUAGACACAUCUGUGACAAGUUCAGUGGAGAAGGGGGACACCAGGUUAGGCAGAGGAAGAGACAGGGAGAGACGGAGAGGAGGUCUGAAGGAGUCAAAGUCUGAAACAAAUGUUUUUGUCUCCAGUCUGACAGCCAUUUCCCUGAGCGGGAGCCUAGCCAGUGCUUUGGAUAGUAGUGGAGAGGCCCAGUCCCUCAUUUCUCUAUCCAACCCCAAAAGUAACCCAUACUCCAAUGCCAACACCACUACCUCAGCCCAGACCAGAAGAAGGGCACCCACUGUAGAUGCUAACCAGAACUCGCCACCUUUGCAUCCUCAGGAGAAACAUGACCUAGAAGGGCAACUGCAAUGCAACAACCAGGAUCAAAGACAGGAGCAUGGAGGUCACCACAGAAACGGAUUGUCCUCCUCUGAUGGGGGGCUAGGCCAAAGGCGAAAGGCUGGAUUUGAGGAGAGGGUGCUGCCACCUCGACGUCAACAACUAGUCCGACCCCUGUGUCAGACUGAGAUAGGAAGAGGAAGAAGCUUAGCAGAGCCAAUUGGCAAUCCUCAUCAAACAGAAACAGGGCAACCCCCUUCACCUGCACCCUCUCCAGAUGUACAGAGUCAUGGGACCAACAGAAGGUUUAUAAGAUCGUCCUUACGUGAGCCAUCAGAUGUGUCCCACUUGUACAGCACACCUGAAGUCCCUCAGGCCAGCCAGGCAGCCCACAGAGAGGCUUCACCCCUGGAUAAGCAGCCAACGACUGCACGGCAUACUUCCAGUCCCUCCAACCCGUCCACAUUUGAGAAGAGACCCCAAACCCAACUCACAUAUAGAAGGAACUGCUCCAGUCCUAAUAGAACUGGGGUUGGAUCCAGGGCAUCUACUCCUCCCCAGUCCCCUCUCAGGACACCCCAGGGCUCUCCACGAAGGCAACCCUCCAUGUACCUCACUUCCAGGAAUGUUGCUGGGAUGGUUAGAAACCCCCAGCCAGGAUGCAGCCCUGCAGUACAGACAUUGCCUCAGGGCUACAGCAACAGUGGCUUGAAACCACCAGUCAAAACUAAUAUAAGCACAACUGGAAUCCCCAAAGCGCCUAUUAACAACCACCAGAGCCCCCCCAACUCUAACCGUAACUCCAGCCCCAAAGAUGGAUCCCCUUCACCUAAAUACACCCCGAAACCUAAAGGGGUUCGCCCCAAAAUCAUUACCUGUGUCAGGAAGAAUCCUCAGUUCAAGCCCCAGGCUGUUGACGGGCCUUAUCAGGUGUCCUCUCUGCCGUCCCGGCUCUCAGCCUACACCCACAGCCAAGCAAACUCACCCAGCUCCUUCAAAUACACACCCAAAGACCCCUCCAAACCUGGGGUGGAGCCCAGAGACGCCCCAGUACUGAGUGCCUCCAACCUUCUUUAUGACAAGUACCGCCAAGAGAUGCAGACAAACAUGUUCCCAUCAGGGAUGCUGAGCAGGAGUAUCAGGCCCCCUGGACACACACACACUGUUCCCCCUGCACACACCCAUGUUGCUCCACAUACACAUACCCACAGCCACACAGCACCCCCAAAACUGGGCAGCAAGGCAGACAACUUUUACAGGACACUUAAUGACAAGUAUUCCCAACCUGAGGUGGGACGAGCUUCCAGCUUUGGAGGGGGCUCUGCUGAGGACCCGUUGCACCCCAGGUUGGCUGCCCAGGCUGGAGGCAGUGGCAGCCUGCUGCGCUCUGGCAGGGGGCUCCGACUUGGUUUGGGAGCUGUGACCAGGACAGCCACAAGCUCAGCCAAGGCCAGAGGACCUGGUCAAGGUCAGAGGUCAACACUGGUCUUUAGCCAGCCAGUCCAGCCUGUCAGCCCAGCAACCAACCAGAAAAACCAGGGCAAUACAGACGACCAGAUUUGCACCCCUCCUUCUCCUGCUCCUGCUCCUCCUUCUGCCCCAACUACAGCUGCAGCUGCAGCCCCAGCCCAAACCUCAGCGUCCAGGUCUCUGCUUCCCAAAGCAAGUCAGUCAGGCCUGCGCCCACCAGGCUUCAGCUCCAGUCGUCUCCCCCCAGGACGCCUGGCAGCCUUUGGCUUUGUCAGGAGCUCCAGCGUGUCGUCUGUCUCCUCGGCGCACUCUGCUGACAGUACGCAAAGCGACCCCUGCAGGACAACACACCGUGAGUCUGAUGUGAGUGAGGAGCCUCCUCCACACAGGGUGACCACCACCCCUCCGUCCACAGACCAGCAGAGGGGGGCACUGUGCCACAGCGGUAGCCUCCAGCCACCCUCCACUCCGGCCCUGCCCAGACGCUACCUGCCGGCCCAGCCCAGAAACUCACCUGGAGUUGUCAGGAAGGAGUUUCAGCGGAGUUCAGAGGUCACACGCUCUCUUCCCUCCUCCCCCAAGAGGCUGGCAGUGGUUCCCCCCAAACCACAGUCCCCAGUCCAGUCUCGGCAGCGCCCCGCAGCAGCAGUGCGAGGGUCAGUUCCCCCUGGCUCCCCUCGCCGCGUGGCCCCCUUCAGGCCACAGCAGGAACAGCAGAGCCUGCAGAGAGAAAAAGAGGAGGCUCAGCAGAGGGAGAGAGAAAGGGAAGCCAAGGAGAGAGAGAGGGAGGAGCAAAGGGAGGAGGUUCAGAGGCUGCAGGGACGGUGUGAACAGCAAGAGAGGCAGCUGAGAGCUCUAAGAGAGGAACUGAGGAAGACUAACUUGGGUCUAGAAGCCUUUAUCAUCACCACCCAGCACUACUGUCUCAAGAAUAAAAACAGUGAAGAGAAGGAGAGGCAACUGUCUGUGGAAAUAGAAAGGAUCAGAGAUGAACUGGCAUCCAACUCAGUGCGAUGGGAGAAACUUCAUCGGGAAAAGACGGCACUGGAGGUGGCAUUUGAACGAGAGCUACAGGAGCUGCAGCUGCAGCAGGAGGCGGAGCUCGCCGCUGUGGAGGAGGGGCUUAGGAAGUGUCACUCAGCAGAGACCGAACACCUGAGGACAGAGCACCGGUCAGAGGUGGAAGAGCUGAGGACUCAGCAACAGGAACAGAUGGAGGAGAUGACAGUCAACCACCAGGCAGCCAUUCAGGAGCUCAGAGACAUGCAUAACAUCACCAUGGCAACGCUGCAUGAGGAGCACGCCCGCACCAUGAGAGACUUGAGGAAAGCCCAUGAGCAGCAGAAGACGAUGAUAGAAGAGGAUUUUGAGAAACUCAAGCUUUCUCUUCAGGAUCAAGUGGACACCUUGACCUUUCAGAACCAGACUCUGAGAGACAAAGCCAAGCGCUUUGAGGAGGCUUUAAGGAGAAGUACGGAUGAACAGAUAGUGGAUGCCCUGGCUCCUUACCAGCACAUUGAGCAGGAUCUGAAGAGCCUGAAGGAGGUUGUGGAAAUGAAAAACCAGCAGAUACACCAACAGGAGAAGAAGAUCUCUGACUUGGAGAAAGUGCAGGCCCAAAAGAAUGUUUUCCUGGAGGAGAAGAUCCAGGUUCUACAGCAGCAGAACGAAGAUCUGAAGGCCCGGAUCGAAAUGAACCUAGCGUUGUCCAGACAACUGUCGGAGGAGAACGCUAACCUCCAGGAGUCAGUGGAGAAGGAAAGCACCGAGAAGAAACGGCUGAGUCGCAACAACGAGGAGCUUCUGUGGCGUCUCCAGACCAGCCCGCUCAUGUCCCCCUCCUCCUCGCCCCUCCACCGCUGCUUCUCGACCUCACCGAUCCCCUCGUCCCCGUUCUUCUCCUCCUCACCUGUGGCAGGGUGCAGCUCCCCCACGCAUUGCAACAGCUGUCCCCAGCAGGCCACCCCCACUCACUACUCCUCACCCUCUCACAGAGCCACCAUGAAUCAAAAUCUGUCCCCAGGACCGGCCACACCCACUCACAGGGCAGCAAGCAAUCAGAAUUACUCGCCGGGCCCGGCCACACCCACACACAGGGCUUCGUCCAAUCUCUGCAACUCAGCUGCUUGUGUCAACCCCCUGCAGAGAUGAGCUUCUGGUUGUCUCUGCCUGUAUCUAUCUCUUUUCCUCUUUCUCGUUUCUUCUUUUGUAUUUCCAUUUGAGCUUCUUCUUUCUCCUUUUUUGAAUGUGAACGGCGUUGUAGUACAAGUUGGGAUGUUGGUGUGUGUCAUCUCAAGACAAACUGCACACACAGCGCAGUGUGGGUCUCCAUCGUGGUGUGAAAUGACAACACAACUUUGUACACCGGGAUCCUUGAUGGAGAAAUGGAUGCUGAUGCUUGUCAUGCUCUCAUCCCCCCCUACCAACCUGUAGCAAUAGACAGUGUUGAAAUGUAGACUGUACAUAUUUAAACACAGACAGUGUUGAGAUGUAGUUAAACCUCCCCUGCAUGGAUUGUGCUGACUCCCACACAGACAGAAACAAACAGAUCAACAGACAGAAAGUGGCACACUCAUGCCACCAGUGACAUUUUUUUUUAAUAUAUACAACACAAUAGCUCUUACUCUGGGGUUUUGAAAACACGGUCGUGUCCUCAAUAAAACAAGCUGUACUCUAUCUCAUUAGGAUUAGUUCUCAUAUUCAAUUCAGUUUGUUCAAAAACUAAAAUGCAACUUCAAGUCAUGAACUGGAAUCAGCUUUCAACUGAAAUUUCUUUUUCCUUCUGGAAAAGUCCCAAAUGAAGCGCCUUAUACUCAGUCCUGCCCUCUCACCAGCAGACGAUGACCAACAUUUUAUAGCAUGUAAGACUGUCUACUUACGUAUUCAAUUGGUUUGUAAGUCAGAACAAUUUGUGUUUGUCAGCUUAAAACAUUCGUAAUUAGUUUGAUGCUGAUAGUUGUAGUUGUGUGGGGCGAUGAAACAAAGCCCACCCAGAUCCCAGCCGUUUUACCAGCAACAAUAAAAGAGCACCUCCGAUGUUCAAUGUCUUUUCAAACCUUGCUAGGUCUUCCUACCGCAUCUCUCCACAUGAACAGUCUUCACUUUUUUGGAUCCCUCAGGUCAACUUGCAAAAACUAUGUCUACCAUUUUGUAUUUACCUCAGUGGAAAUGUGCAGUCUACUGUGUCUGUAGCUCUGCAACGACGAUAAUAACACACAGCUACCAGGGAGCUCAGAGCUAAGGGGAAAACCUAUCAUGAGAAUUGUUGUUGUAAAUGUUGUUGUGAUUUUCUUUAUAAUGUGAUAUUUAUAUAUAAUUUAUCAGACAUUUUUUGCUACUUAAGCAAGCAUGUACUGUGAAAGUCUUCCAGUCUUAAUGUGUAACUUAUUAUUGCUGUGAUUUGUCUCUUUAUUAAACAAGGGGGAAUGAAUGAUAUUUAUAACUUUGCAAAAUAUCGCCUUUUGGACAAGAGUUGAAUAAGUCACUUACACCAGAAGAAAGGAGAUAUACUGUAGAUGUUUUCACUUUUUGUCCUGACAGGUGGUAUUCAGGUGACUGUCUUAUGGAGGAUAUGGGUCUCUAAGCUAUAUAGGUAAAAAAUAAAUACAUAAAACCCUCUAAUUACCUCUUUGUGAUGUACUAGAUUAGUGUAGCCCUUUCCAAACCUAUAUUAACCUCUUGAAAAGCAAAUUGCAUAAAAUACACAGAAGCAUUGUUCAUAAUGCUUCUGAUUGUUUAUCUGAAUGAUGCAUUUUUUUUUUUUUUUUUUUUUUUUUUUAUCUUUUGAGUAUUACGUUCUAAACUUUUGGAAAUUAAUGACAUGCUGAAUGCUCAGCGUGCAAGAA